ACUAUCAGAUGAUAAACAGAAAUGACAGACGACAGUGCAUUAAAUGCCAUACAGGACAGACAAUUUCAUGCCUAUAUCAGAUUAUUUUUAUUUACAAUGGAAAGACCCAGCGUUGGGUGUGUAGUUUCACUUUUAAUUUGUAAAAUUCGUUUUUAGCGAACAUUUAUUUUCAUAAACAUUUAAAUUGUAGUGUAGUAAAGUGAAAAUGAUAUUUCUGGCUUUAAUCAAAUAAAUCGUUUAAGUGUUUCAAACAAUAAGAAAUUUGUAGCUUUCUAAAUUAAUUUUACACUUUAUUGUUUUUAAUUGAGAGCUGUUUCAAAUAUUAAGCGAUCCGAAUAAAAUAAACACGUUUAUUAUUCAAUUAUUAUGUUUUCAAAAAUCAGUUUGAGUGAUGAGGUUUUGUGAAGUAUGGAUUUUGUUUGAUACGAAUUAUUAAUCAACAAUGUCAUCACCUUGUCCGAAGAAUGGAAUACGUUUGAACGAAGCCUUAGACAAUAUCCAGCUUGCUUAUAAUCCUAUUACCAAACAGCUACAUUUUGUGAGCCCCAGGAUUGAGAAACCAAUAGUUGACGAGGAUGUUGAUAAAUUAAGUAAAAAAAGUAGCUUCAGUGAUGAAGGAAAUUUCUCAAUAUCUACUUGUGAAAAGAGUGAUACUAGUGAUUCCCCAAAGAGUACUCUUCAAUGGGGUGGAAGUAUAAGUGGACAUAAGCGGGGUAAAGAUGGUGGUUCAUUCUCAAGCACUAUUUCAAGUCUGUCGGAAUGCUCCCUUGGCUCCAGUGGAUCAAAAGAAGAUGAACUACCCGAUUUGACCAAUUCAGAACAUGCUAAAUUGAAGAAAAAAGGACUUUCAGGAUUUUUUAGCAGAGGCGUAUUUCCUUGGAAGAGCAAUCCUGCGAAAAAUCAAGAAGCGCCCAGCGGCACUUGGAAACUUUUUGGCAAAUCGAACAGCCUCUCGAAGAGUGCCGAAGUUCAGAAGACCCUGUCUCCUGCCUCAUCAGUGAGCAACACACCCCAUCACCACAAAAGGCAGGGUAGCUCAGCCAGCGAGAAGCAGUUUGAAGAUCUGGUUGCGAGUUCUAUUGCUUUGAUCCAACAUGACAGGCCUUCAAACCUUCCAGCCAAGUGUACAGAAGAGGCGUUACGUCAUAAAGCAGAGCACGCAAGAAUGGUGGAAGCAGCAAGAAGAAAGGUUGAACGGGAAGCCGCGGCUCGCCAUGCAAGGAUACAGGAAUCUCUGCGAUUGGAAGAACGAUUGGCAAGACACGCUAAGGAAUGGACGCAGAACAUAUUGCCUGAUUGGAAUAACAUGAAAAAUGCAAAGCGGACGCUAGAAUUGUGGUGGAGCGGAUUGCCUCCUUCAAUACGGGGUAAAGUUUGGCAGUUGGCAAUAGAGAAUAAACUUAAGAUCACGCACGUAAUGUACCAAGACCUGGUCUUCCAAGCCAAACAAAAGUUACAUGAGGCAAAACUAAAAAGGAAGCGAUUAAAAAUCAACAAAGCAUGCGGUUGUAAAGACGAUAACUCUGAUGCCAGACGAUCCAGCAAAGAUGAUAAAAUAGAUAUCAAAGAAACUGAAUCAGAUAACACAGAUGAAAAAAUCGGAUGCGAAGAAAGGUUAUCCAAUAGGGAUAAGUUUGUAGCUAAAUGCGAUACACCACGUCUAGGAAUGUCAAGAAACUUGAGUGAGCAGAAUUUGAAGAGUAUGAACUCUGAGAAUGAGAGGAAGAACAAAUCAAACCCGAAUUUAGUAGAAUACAAUGACGAGUGUUCAAUGGAGUUGAUACAGUUGGAUAUAGCAAGGACCUUCCCCCAUUUGUGUAUAUUUCAACCGGGUGGGCCUUAUUUUGAUGUCUUACACCAGUUGUUGGCUGCGUAUGUGUGUUAUCGACCGGAUAUUGGUUAUAUACAGGGUAUGUCGUUUAUAGCGGCAGUGUUAAUAUUGAAUAUGGAGGCGCCACAGGCUUUCAUAUGUUUCGCGAAUUUAUUGGACGGUCCUGUAUUAAGAGCAGCUUUUACUAGGGACGGGGCGAUGAUGCAGCGUCUAUGGAAGGCGUAUACAGCCCUCCUCCAAUACAACGUCCCGGCUGUAGCGAACGCGGUCGCACCGGAGCUGUACUUGUUGGAGUGGUUGUACACGGCCUUUGCGAAGGCGAUGCCUCUGGACGCCGCUUGUCGUGUGUGGGACGUGUUCCUAAGGGAUGGGGAUACUUUCCUGUUUAACACGGCUUUAGGCAUUCUACAUUUAUACCAAGAAGAGCUCAAAGAGAUGGACUUCAUAUCGGCAGCGCAGUUCCUCACCAAACUGCCGGAAGAUCUGGAUCCCGAAGCCCUCUUCAGAAGUAUCUCCUCCGUGUCCAUGACACUGGACGGGAUGUCCUUCGAGGAACUGGUCUCCUGCUGCCAGCUAGAGCAGACCCUGGAUGAUGAUGUGACAGUCAGGUUAUGAUGUUUUAGGGAGGAAAAUCUGUCAAGAUUAAAUGUCUUCCAGUUUCAAUUUUCAUAGAAAUUGAAUCUAAUACUCCGGAGGAAUUUAUGUGGUCUAACAGAGUGAAACGGAAAUCCGGUCAAUCUUGAGUCUGGUCUAAUGUAAAUUUUUGCCUCAUAUAAGUGUAGCUUUAAAAUGCUAAAUCGAUUUUGAUGGAACUUUGUUAGAAAUUGUAAUACAAUCCCAAAGUUCAUAGACAAAAUAAAUAGACGAAAAUGCUACGAUUACGCGUUUAGAAAUUGUAAAGUGUGAAUAGCUUUAUAUAUUUAUUAGUGUGUAUUAAAAAUGUCUAUGAUAAAUUUUUGUGUGUUGAAACAUAUCAAUUUGGUCGGUGCGUUGAAAUCGUGGCGAAGCGCAAACCGUGUUGUUCAUAAAAAAAAGUUAAAAGAAUCGUCAAAUAUUUAUAGUCGACGCAUUAUGAACUGAGGCCUCGGGUCAUAAAUCACAUUUAUCCGUCUGUCUCGCUCGCACUUAUGGGACUUAUGGAGAAGUGUAGUGUGCGUAAGAAUUGUAGAGGUGCAUAAAUUAUGUUAAUUAAUAAAAGGAAUAAUUUUUCGCUAUAUUAAAAAAAGUUUUUAAUCUGUCAGAUUGUUACCAAUUAAUUUUUGUCAAAGCCACGUUAGUACAUAAAUUCUCCGUAUUGCGUAAGUUAUGUAAUGAGUGUCAAAACAAGAAAUCUUAUAGAAACACGACAACCGUUACUCGUGACGACCAAUCAGGAGUCAGAGUGCGUGCGCAGCUACGUAUCGAAAACGGGUUGCAUAGCGUACACAUUCAUACUGUCAGUGACAUUUAUUGUCUGACGACCCAGUAAAAAGAUAUUUAGGCAAAAAAGCUAAUGUUAUUUGGCUUUAUAAGCUUUUUUUUUAUAAAUAACACGGUUAAUCUAAAGAAUGUAAUUGGACUCAAAAAUCUUUAAUGAACAUAUACUAUAAACCUGAAUUAGUGUUUUUCAUUCAGUGUUGUUCACUUAGUACACGUAAACGUGUUCGUGUUUUACGUACACGUGUAUACGUAAGAUCGUUAGCAUCACAUCUUACUCAGUCUUUACUUUUUAAAUCAUUCAAUCAUUUAGUCAUUUCUUUUUAAAUGACAACCAUACCAACUUAAAACCUAAAAGUUUUCAUAAAAUAUUAUUUGUUAAUAUUCUUUGUAUAUUAUAUUAUUAAUUUUGUUUGGUUACGCUAAUAUAUAUCAAGAAGCCAUGGUUUGAAAAGUCAAUUUUUAUCUGUAUCUGUCAAAUUGUGUUUACGAUGUCAUAAAAAGACACUGAUUUAAUUUUAAAGGACUAAACUGUAGGCUAUCCUAUAAAGCUAUAGACUGUAGUCAAAAAUGUGCGCAUGCGCGUGUUAAGUAUAAGCUUUUUGGGUCCAAGUGCGCUUCUAGGCAGUGAUUUAAAUCUGUAUCGUACCUGCACUAUACUCGUCCAUAUAUAAUUGUACAUAUGUAAAUAUUAUCGUAUGUAAUUAAUAUAGAUAACGCAACGAGUAGUAUACCGGCCUAAUAAUUAAUCUUCGAACUAAUUCUUAAAUAACGUUUUUGUCUUUAUCAUUUUGCAUAUGAAUGUUAGAGACAAAAUAUUUAAGCUUGGUAAUAAGUAGAAUAAAUGUACGGAUUAAGCAAAUUGGUAUUUAACAUGGUCCAUUAUGAUUUUAAUUAAAACAGAAUAUAAUUAGCAAUUAUCACUCAUAAUAACUAAUCAAGGAUUGAUGCCUUCGCUUUGCGUGAAGAUGUGGGGUCACUGUGCACCUUCUUCCGCAUUUACCAUGGAGAGUGUCCAGAGGAGUUGUUCGGAUUAAUACCUGCAGGUUAGUUUCAUCAUCGGACUUCAAGGCAGAAUACGAAUUUCCACAACUGAGGCUGCACUGACUGACUGCACUUUUUGCUGCACACCUUCACUAUGUGGAACCAGCUGCCCUCUUAGUAUUUUCGAAACAAUUCUAAAAAUUAGGGUCCUUUAAGAAAAAUGCGUACCAAUUCUUACAAUGCCGGCAACGCACUCGCGAACUUUCUGGUAAUUAGAGUAAAAAAAUCGUUUACAGUGUUAAAUAAAUCAAUUUGAGGUUCUAUUGAUUGAUGCACCAAUAAAUAAUUCUAGUGAAUUAAUGGAGAUGAAUACUUAAUGAUCGUUAUUUUAUUAUGUGUCAAAUUUCGCUUAUAGCGCGAAAUUUAAUUAAGUAUGUUGAGAUAUAUUAACUGUUGCGAUUAAAAUUAAAUUACUUUUUCUCAUUAUUCUUGUACUGACAUAACGCUGACAUAUUACAAAAACGGUCACGUGACCAUUACCAAUCUGGUUGGCAAAAUAAUUAACACUGUUAUUAGAUUGAUUUAUUUUUUAAGUAAUACAUUUAGUUUUUUCUAACAUUAUUGUGUGCUCUUUUUGAUUCUCUCUAUACGAAAUUGUUCGCGCACGUAACAAUAUUAUAUUUUAAAGUUUAACUGUAUUUUAUGAAUGCUAUGGAUUACGUUAAAAGUGAUUCAGUGUAGGUUCUAGUUAGGUUUAAUAUUAAUUUCUUGCCACGAAUAUUAAAAAUAUAGAAGCACUCUUUAUAUUUGGCACUUUGUUGAUUUUUUAAAAUUAAUCUUAAAGAUUGUUUACUUUCGUGGUACGUUGGCAAGUCCGAUUGGGUUAGACGUUCGUAUGAAAUAUUGUUCUCAUAGAUAAAAAAUAUAGAAUCGUAUCACUCGACCUGUCAAAAUGUCAGAAUCCAUAGAUUAAAUUUGACAGCUGAUAUUUGUCUAUUGCACGUUCGCGCGCGUUAAUUCUGUGAGAACAAUAUAGAAGAAAUAAUUAAAAUUGUAUUACAUAUAAUAAUUAUUAUAGUGAUUAUAUUGUAUAUUAUUAAUGUCUAAUUAUCCAAGCAGUUGUGAUGUGGACUGAUAUUAUUUAUUAAACGCCAUCUCAAGUUUUAAAUUUUAAUGUAAGGUCUGCCCCAAGGAGUUAAUUAUGAAAUAAAUAAAUCG